UAAUGUAGUAGAAAAUAUGAAGACUAUGGCAACAUCUGCUACCGGAAACAAGCAGCAACUCAUAUGUUUCACAACCUGCUCAAAACUCAGCCAGCCAUCUUUUGUGGAAAAAUCAUUUGUUUCGUGUCAUCAGGGUAAAUUUCACAAUUGUAAUUAAUGUCAGAGCCACAGUCUUCGCUUUUAUUAAAAAAGCAGCUAGCUGAACUGAACAAAAAUCCAGUGGAAGGGUUUUCUGCUGGAUUGAUAGACGACAAUGACAUUUAUAGAUGGGAAGUGCUCAUCAUCGGACCUCCAGACACGUUAUAUGAGGGUGGAUUCUUCAAAGCACACUUACAUUUUCCAAAGGAGUAUCCUUUAAGGCCACCACGGAUGAAAUUUGUCACUGAAAUAUGGCAUCCAAAUAUUGAAAAAAAUGGCGAUGUUUGCAUAUCAAUAUUACACGAACCAGGCGAUGAUAAGUGGGGAUAUGAGAAGGCAUCAGAGCGAUGGUUGCCUGUGCACACAGUGGAGACAAUACUUAUCAGUGUCAUCUCUAUGUUAGCUGAUCCCAAUGACGAGAGUCCCGCCAAUGUUGACGCCGCGAAGGAAUGGAGAGAGCGAUAUUCGGAUUUCAAAAAGAAAGUUGCCAGAUGUGUUAGGAAAAGUCAAGAAGAUUGCUUUUAGGAGUGAGAGGGGAUUUUAGAACAUAAUGUUUACCGUUGAAAAAGGGGCAUUGUAACACAACAUUAACAUAAGACAGCGUAUGAGGAAUUCCAUAUAACAUAGCAGCAAGCUCAUACACCUCGCAUGGACCUGCACAUACCCACAGUAGUAGAUGUGUCCGCUCAUUCUGUUUCUUUUUACAGAAAGAAUGGAGGGAAUCGUAUUCGGAGUUUAAAAGGAAAGUAGCACAGUGUGUGAGAAAGAGCCAAGAGGAUUGUUCCUAAAUAACAGUGCCCUUUUUCAUUGAUUUAUUUGGAUAGUGAGUGUGUGGUGAUGCGGUUAGGACGUUAAGAGCAGGCCCCUGGCGUGAUUCACAGUGCGAGCCCCUCCAUCUGGGCCAGAGACAAUAUUCAAAUUGAUUUAAAAUAAAUACUUAUUGUAAUUAAAUGGUGUCGCUGCCGUAUUUUAUAAAUAAUAAAUUAAAAUAGAAUUCAAGGUCUUUUUUCAUCUUUUUUAAGACAUGUUAGCUAGCUAUUGUUAUAAUGAUGAAAUGUGUAUGGUAAUUUUUAUAGAAAAACAAAUCUGCAUUUUGUUCUUUUACAUCCUUGUACAAUUAUAACUUUGAUCUCUGUAUUGUAGAAGCCAAAUCUGAAGUAAAAAAUGACCUAUUUAUCAAGUGUUUACGAUUCGCUGCUGUUCUCUAUAAAAUAAACAUGCAAGUGAAGGUAAAUAAAAACUUAUAAAAAUUGUAAAAGGUGUUUACAAAACCUUCGUAUCUAUUGCGUGCAAACUGUUAGUUACCCAAAUGCAUCAUUUAUAAUUGGUACCUUGUAAAAUUGGUGAUGUCGCUUCUCAGGAACACAAUUUAAUUCUAGUGCUAAUUUUAGUAGUAAAUUUAAUAAUACCUAAUUAUAAUUUUUACUGAAUAAAUACAAGUUUUUGUAAACUUAUCCUUGUAUCGAUUACACCUUGCCCUCUAUGCACGUAUGAAUGCAAUAUGUCGCUAAUAUCUAUUGGCAGUUUAUAGCAGUUGCUAAAGUUUGGAUUUGUAAACUAGUUCACUUUCGGAUUCAACUUUGGAUAGUUGCUUUGUCUUAAUUAUAUUUAUUUUAAUUAUGUGGUGAUUACGCUUAUUCUCAUAAACUUAAAAAUUAGGAUAAUGUUACCGAAAUCAUGGCAUGUAGUCAUUAUGUAUACUGGUGAACCCCCAAUGUUUGGACUAUAUCAUCGAACAUUAAUUUAUGAAGUGUGUAUAAAUACUUUUGCCUGUGUAUGUAUAUUUUUUGCUAUAAAAUCAUAAUGCAGUGAU